AUGACGGUCAAACUGCGCGAUGCAGCGUUGAAGACCAUCAAGAGAUACUUGGCUGUUUCCAUCAACGAAGCCAACGGAUUCAGUAGCUCAAAAAUUGAAGGCUACGUGAAGCUUCUAGAAGAGCAAUGGGCAAAGUUCACGGAGGCACAGGAUGCGGUAGAGGUUUCAUGUGGAGUCGAAACGAUUGAUGCUGAAGAGCAAGCGCGUGUGCAGGCAGAAGCCUGGUACGUGGAGGCGCUUUGUAACUUCAAGCAAGUGCUUAGUCAAACAUCGUUGCCUAUCGCCAGUACACCCACGGCAGUAACACAGGCUAUCGAGACGUCGACUACGGCAGUGCGCCUACCCAGAAUCGAGCUUUCCAAAUUUUGUGGUGACUCAACUGGGUGGAUUCUAUUCCACGAUUCGUUUAAGGCAUUGGUGCACGAUAAUACGACGCUCUCAGGCUACCAGAAGUUGCACUAUCUUCGCAGCUGCCUUCAAGGCGAGGCGCUGCAGGUCGUCUCUAACCUAACAAUUUCGGAGGCAAAUUACCAUGUGGCUUGGGAUCUGAUUUGCUCAAAGUAUAAGGUGAUGCGAAUCAUCGUUGAUAGUCACUUUCGCGCAAUAUUCAACAUAAAGCCAGUUACGAACGAAACAGCACAAACACUUAAACACGUUCUCAAUUCAAUGUUGCAAAACAUACGGGCUUUGCAGGCGCUUGAACGGCCAGUAGAGGCGUGGGAUGAUUGGUGGGAGUUGUCAUUCACGAAUGAUAAGCUGCCUACAUUCAACGACUUGCAAACAUUCCUCGAGAGCCGGUGCCGAUCGCUAGAGGUACUAGCACCUGGUAGUGGCGGACCAACCAGCAAAAGGGGCAGUAAUGCAGCCGUGUUGCAUGCGGAUCACAAAGCAUCAAAUUGCAAGAGCACGUCCAAUUGUUUGAGGUGUGGUCGCCGGCACCACACGCUACUCCAUGAAAGCUACAACAACACGAAUAGCCCUUGCGAAACAUCAGCAGCGGCAGCUGAUACAGCAUCAUGCGCUGCACCUGCACCCAACCGGGUGUCUAGCGAAAAGCAUACUCAUCUAGCAACUAGUUCUCUUGGUCCUGUCAAUGCGCUAUACCGAAGCCACGACAGCGUCCUUGCUGCGCUGCCGACGUCAGCGCUGGCUUCGUCACAAAGGGCAGCUGAGCUCACUACUCCUGCAGGGAAGCGGGAGUCUAAUGGAGCAGACAUCAAUUGUAAUAGUGCACCAGCUGCACCGUUACCGAUAACAGAGUUUCCACCGUGCGGCACAUCCGCAUUCUUGUCACCUGCUAAAGACCAGGCCCCCAACAGAGAUGUUCAACAAGCAACAGUAUGGUCGCAGGGUGGCAAUAUGACAUCACACUACGCCGAAGCAGACAACGCCAUAUUACUGGCUACCGCAGUAGCCAAUGUACGUGACUACGUCGGCCGCUGGCACGCUAUGCGCAUACUUUUCGACAGUGGGUCGCACGCUUCAUUUGUCACAGAGCGUUGCGUACAACAACUACGUCUUCCAAGAAGAUCAUCAGCUAUCUUGAUCACAGGCAUAGGCUCUACGCCAAGCGGUAGGCCAAGGGGUGAGAUAACUAGCGAUCUACCUACGACCUGCGUGAGCGUCGCAGAUUGGCAGCACAUCAAAGGACUUACACUGGCAGAUCCGCACUUUGCCACACCAGCUCCCAUCGACAUACUCAUCGGUAUGGACGAAAUGGAGCAUUUUCUGACUACUGAUCUACGCAAAGGCCCUCCUGGUACACCCCUGGCUCAGCGGACAGCACUCGGAUGGGUUCUCUUUGGACGAACCAGAAAUCCAACAACUACUACACACGCGGAGGUCCCGAGCCUACAUUGCGAUGUAGAUCUUGUUAAGAUUUUAAGCAAAGUUUGGGAGCUUGACCAGGUCCCGCAUCGGCAACAUCUCACGAACGAAGAAAAGUUCUGUGAAGAUCUCUUCGACUCAACACACCAACGUGCGGCAGACGGGCGUUUCAUUGUGCAGCUACCUCUAAAACCUUCUGUGCCUAUAGGCGAGACCCGUUCUGUCGCAUUACGCAGUUUUUACAGGCUUGAGAAGCGAUUAGCUGCAAACGAACACCUACGUCGGCACUAUGUGGAGUUCAUGCAUGAGCUGUUGCGGUUGGGUCACAUGGAGUGCGUCCGUGAUAGACCCUCAUCCUGUUAUUACAUGCCUCAUCACGCGGUAUUAAAAGAGACAAGUGAAACAACAAAAUUAAGAGUUGUGUUCAACGCAUCGAUGAAAUCCUCCUCAGGUUUUUCGUUAAAUGAUGCAUUAAUGGUUGGCCCACCAUUACAACAAGAAUUAUUUCCCAUUCUAUUGCGUUUCCGUAUGCAUCGUUAUGCCAUGACCGCCGAUAUAGCGAAAAUGUACCGCCAAGUAUAUGUUCACGAGAAGCAUGUGGAUUUCCAAAGAAUCGUAUGGAGAGAUGCGCCAACCGAAGAACUGAAAGACUAUCGCAUACUUCGUCUCACUUAUGGUACAGCUGCUGCAAGUCACUUGGCUGUGAAGGCGUUGCAGCAUAACAGGGCAGAAUUUCAGUCCUCUGCGGAAAUCAUUCUACGGGAUUUCUAUAUGGACGACCUCCUUACAGGAGCUCAUACCGCGGACGAGCUUGUGUUGCGUCAAAGUGAAGUAUCUCAUUUACUCUUAGAAGGCGGAUUUGAGCUGAGGAAAUGGGCCAGUAAUUGCAAGCAGCUUUUGGAUAAGAUUCCAACAUCCACAACGCCGAUAAAUCAUUUGUUAGCUGAAAACGGGGAAGUGAAAACGCUGGGGUUAACGUGGAACACGUCUCACGAUUACUUGACGUAUGCGGUAAGUCUUAAGACACCUCCUACUAUACUGACCAAAAGAGGUUUCCUGUCGGAUGCCAGCACUACUUUCGAUCCGCUCGGUCUAAUCGCGCCUUGCACUAUAAAGGCGAGAAUUUGGUUUCAGCAGAUUUGGCGCACUGAUGUCGAUUGGGACGAACCGGUUUCCGAUCAAAUAGCGAAAGAUUGGUACCUUCAUCGUGACGAGCUUCGAUUGUUGUCUAACCUUAAAUUAAACCGUUGGCUGGGUAUGAGCCCAAAUGCGCACACCGAAUUUCAUGUAUUUGCAGAUGCUUCGGAGAAGGCGUAUGCGGCCGUGGCCUAUGCACGUACUAAGUACUUAGACGGCAAGAUCGUGGUCAAUCUAGUUGCAUCCAGGUCGAAGGUUGCUCCGCUGAAAACUACAACUUUACCCCGACUGGAGCUGUGCGCUGCUCACCUGGGAGCAAAACUCAUUAAGCAGAUCACCGCUUGUGUGUGCUCGCCAGAAAGUCGCAUGUUCGGGUGGACAGAUUCAACUGUGACAUUGGCUUGGCUACAAAGUCACCCUAGCCGAUGGUCUACAUUCGUGGCGAAUCGCGUGGCGGAAGUGCAGGAAAUACUACCCUCCGAAUGCUGGGCGCAUGUCAGAUCCGAAAGCAAUCCUGCCUACUGUGCCUCCAGGGGUAUGUCGCCAUCGAGUUUGCUGUCACAUAAGUUGUGGUGGCACGGUCCAUCGUGGUUGUCGUCAUCUAGCUACGUACGACAUGAGGUCAAGCGACAAGAUCACAUCACUCAGCUUGAGUUGCGUAAGAAAACUGCUGCCGUAAAUGUAGCUGAACCAUCGCAGCAAUGGACCCUUCUCGAAAAAUGCUCCUCAUUCUCGAAGCUGAAAAGAGUUACGGCCUAUGUGAUGCGCUUCAUCGACAACGUGCGCAGUUGCGCGCAAACAAUGCCUCGCAAGCAAACAGGACCCUUAACCAGCAAAGAAAUCCAAGUCGCAGAGCUAAAACUCAUAAGAGGCUUUUGUAAGGUCAUGUUCUCGGACAACGGCACAAAUUUUGUGGGCGCCGAAAAGCAUCUGCGCAACAGUUUACAACAGUGCAUGACUGAUGACAGAUUUCGGUCAUUUUUUAGCGAUCUGAACAUUGAUUGGCGUUUUAACCCCCCAGCCGCACCCCACAUGGGUGGCUACUGGGAGAUUGGCAUCAAACGUGUUAAGUACCAUCUGAAACGUACAUUAGGCGAUACUCUCCUGUCAUACGAGGAGUUCAAUACGUUAUUGACUGAAAUUGAAGCUUGCGUGAACUCUCGGCCUUUGUGCGACAACUCAACAAAUGUUAGCGACUUGGAGGUAGUUCAAAGGUGGCGGUAUGUUGGCUUCAUAUCUGCCAGUGCACAUAUGGGUUAA